CGAGAGCACAGGCGCGGGGUGGGGGGGGGGGUAGGCCUUGAUCUUCCGGGGGGGCCCCUGUAGACGCGCCAUCCCCUUCCCGCCGGAGCCGGUCGCCUCUGUUUACACACUGAGGAGGUGUCAUCUGCAGUCUAGACAGGGGCGCUAAUAACGCCCAUAAAAGACGGCCUCUCCAGAGAUGCUCCAGCAACUCAGCCCCUGCGCGCCUGCCGCCGGCCGCUCCCUCCGCCUCGCGCGCCCCGCCCUCCUGGGCUGUGGCCGCUGGGCCUGCGGGCGGCCUCGGGGAGGGGGGGAGCCGGAAGGUUUCUAGAGGCUGAAGACCUCCGCCUUCGGUCUCCAACGGUAAGUGGAUCCCCGCUCGUCCAGCCCAGCUCGGGGUCUGCGGUGCAUCCUCGAGUCCCCGCCGGCCCCCUCUGUCGGUUGCUCCCACCCCUGUCCGCUGGCGCCCGUUGCCCCAGACGAGGGCCCUGGGGUUUGGGAGGCAGCUGAAUAGCUGUGUGGAGCAGACCCACCCCCUCUGGCAGAUUUCAGCUCCUCCCCGGAGCCGUGGUGGGGGCGGGCGACCCGGGCACAGCCAGAGGGGUCGGGCCGAGGGGCGCGGGUACUGGGGGUAGUGCUCACCCCCAGCCGGCUUCGAAGUCAGGCCUGGGGCGCUGCGAUGCGUCGCAGGCGGUUGUGGGUGUGGCGUUUGAUGAGGUGUGUGUGAACUUGGUCCCCACACCUCUCCUGACACUCAGUAAUUCACCGGGCGGAGGAGAUCCUCUACUGGUGGAGGUGGAAAAUGUCAGAGCUGGGGAGGUGUUUAACUGUUAGUGCGCCGCGGGAAAGACAGAAUGGGGAGAUAUGGGGGAUGGCCCAGCUAGGCAUGCAGAGGGCAUCUCCCGGAUGGUCCUUCCUGGGAUUACCCCCCCGCCCUAUUCCCCCCACACACACACAAGGGUAAUUGGACUAGGGUAUUCUGGUGGAUCUGGACUGGGGCUCAGAGGAGCCCCAUGCGAGGGAUGGGAGGAGGUACUCUUGUCCCCGAGCUCUUGAGUGAGCCAGGAAGCUGGACGGAACUCUCUCACUCAGCCUUGUCCAGCCCCUUCUCCAGGUUGCGGAUCGCCCAAAAGCAGCACCUGGGGAAGGAGGGGGUGUCUCCCGGUCUGCUCUUUCAGUCCCAGUCUUCGAAGGAAGGGUCGGGAAUAAGGUGGGCGUUGAUCCCUACAGGAGCCUGGGAGCAAUGAAGGAAAUUGAGCCCCUACCCCUACCUUACAAAGGUCCCCCUCCAAGCCUGAACCGCUACAGGGGGUGAGACUGAGAGGGUCCGGCGGUCUGCAGGGGCCCAGGCUGUCCCCAUGGGCGGCUGUUAUCUCCCCUCCCGCUGCCCGACCAGCUCUCACUAAUGUCCCUUCUGGGACCCAGGCCCUGUUUCAUUUGCAUAAGCGGCAGAACCGCUCUCUGCAAAUCAGACAGUGACCUUGAACUGGGCCGCCAGGGCCAGCAGAGGUCUUGGCGGACCAAGGAGAAGACAGCACCGCACCUACUAAUUUCCGACCUCCUGGGCUGGCAGGCGAGUGGGAGUGAUCGCUGGCGGCCUGUGCCUCCCACAGCCAUUCUGUCCCUGCCACCAGGGAAGGCAUGGAUUUUAUAAUUGUCUCAUCCUCACCGGCGGCCCCGAGGAUGUGGAAGGAGGGGUGGAGGCACAGAGAAGGCGAGGAAGGGUGCUGCAGGACACCGGCUGCCUCGGGUGUGCAAGAAAAGCCUUGGUCCGAAGCCUUGCCUUCAGCUUUCAUAGCCCCGGAGUUAAUGAGCGGGGCACGGUGGAGCCGGGCCAGCUGCGGUGGGAACGGGUGGCCGAGGGACCAACGCUCAAGCCACCCCUUGUCUAGCUCUGCGUUCCGAUGAACCCACAGAGUUAGGGCGCACCAAUCGCGCGGCGGUUCCAGAGCUGCGGUCCGACCUACUGUAGUUCUGCGCGUGGGCAGCGCAGCGCUGGCGGGUCGGACCCGGCUGGACGCAGCUGCCCAGCGUCGGGGGGCUGCGAGUCUCUCCUAGCCUCCUAACCCAGCCCUAGACCGCUCCCGGCGGCGAGCGCCUCUCGCCAAAGCCGCAUUUAGAUUGGCAGCUUUGCACCCGAGCCUCCCGCCGGCCCUGGGGACCCAGGCCGGGAGCGGCGUUUUUGUCCGAGCCUGGUUAAAGAAGGGGCGCUUGAGUUGCGUGUGCGGCGGGAUUUCUUAGAGGCGAACAAAGCCACGGUGGUGCCUGCUGGGGCUGGACACUUAGAUUGCCUGGGUCCUCGGUAGGGUCCUGAAAACCCCUGGGCUCGCGGCGGGAGGGCUUGAGGGAGCAAGACACCUGGAAUGCGAAUUUUGCCGAUGACUUCUUGGCUUGCGCUCUCCGACUGCAAUCGGGGUCGACUGCGUAGAAGGAAGGGGUUUGUGCCUAAAGUCCGAAACCUAGAGAAAAUGGCCUGUUUGGACAGAGCCAAAUCGGGCCGAGACAAGUGCGUGUAUUGAAAAAGGACUUCCUCAGCCCAUCCUCAUUUCGUCGGCAUCUGCCGCCCUGUGGCCGCUGCUGCGCGCGUUCGGAGCGGCCUGGCCAGGGAGCGCAGCCGGCCGAGCUCCAGGCCAGAGAUCCGCGAGCUGGGGGAGGAUGCGCCGAGGCUCCCGCUCUCUGUCCUGCGGUCCGUCUUCUAGACGAUCGGAGUCAUCCGGGGACGCGAAAGAGAACGGGGAGAAGAUCCCACGCCACAAAGGCCGGAGAGUAUCCGGCAGAGCCUAGCCCAGCGCCCCCCACGCCAACAAUAGCGGCUGCGCGCCGAGGCCCGGAGAGCCUGGGCGGAGACCCCGCUGCUGGUGCAGUGUUCCAACUGCUAUCAGCGACCGAAUUAAAGUCACACCCUGUUUAUCUUGACAAUCAACAUUAGCCCCUCAGAAAAAAAAAUAUAGGAACAAUUGUCAGUGACGCUCAUGAAUGCGUCUUGAACAGAGGAAAAAAAUGUGAGGGUUGCUGUGACAUGGAAUUCGCAGCCCCUCCAUCAAUUCAGCACAGAAAAAGCCAAGCCAGGCGGAGUCUCUGGCCCAUUCCUCGGCGUGCCCCCCAGCAGUUGGCAGCCCUCGGCUCGGCUUGGGUUCCAGCAUGUGGACCAGGCGCCCCAGCAGGGCAGGCUCCUGAGGGCGGAGGGGCCAGGCCGGGGGGAAAGGGGAGACGAUCCAGCCCAGCGAGGGGCGGAGGGGCAGGCUCUGCGCAGUCCCCGGCAGGGCGCCCGCGGGGACGCAUUGCUGUCGGAGUGAGCAGCUAGGGCUUGGAAUAUGAAAUCGCGAGGGGGGCCGUGGAAUUCGAAGAAUCUGCGUUCUCUCUGCCGCAUCCUGCAGAAGAGAGGAGAGAGAGAACAAGGAAAAGAGGGAGAUGAAAAUCUUCUGUCUUCCGUCUGCUUUUGUGGCUUUGCCUCAUUCUCAGAGACAAUUUUCACCUACGUGGGUUUCCUUUCUAUUCUCUCGACCUCUCAGUCUCUCCAACGCUCUCUAAAUCUUCCAGUGUCUUGCGGUAUUUGGACUGUCGCUGAACAAUUUAAUCUUGUAUUAGUUGAACCAUGCUUUGUGUAGGAGUUUGAAAUAAGCAUAUACAGAAAUGUAAGCGUUUUCUCUCGGUGGCUCCCGUAAGGCACAUCUGGUUUGGGAGGGCUCUAUUUUGAGUUUCUGUUCAAUCCACUUGGGCUGGGCUGUGGGGGGGCCAAGUGUCAGAUCAUCACUUCAGUGGCCAGAGCGCUAGAUUCUUAGACUUUUCUGAAGGAGGCUUCUGAGAUUUGCUCCGUAAAUAAAAUCUCAAACCCUCUGGCUCCCAGCCCACCUCAGGAGGCAACCUCCCCUAGCCCUCUGCAAAGCUAGGCUGGGCCAGUUCUGGGGUGUGGGUAUAUCCUUUGCAGUGGGAAGCAGGAGCCUCUCCCGGCAGCCAAGCCCUGCUAGGGAGCUGGAGUCUCACGCUGCUAAAAAUCUGAGAACACCCCAAUCCCUAGAAGCUCCUUAGUCCCUCUAGAAGUCAGAAGAUGAGUAGCUCCAACCCCCCGAUUUUCAGGAAUAAGCAAGUAGGUCCCUUUGGAGCUAAGCGCCUCUUUUUCUUGCUUCUUCUGCAUCCUUCUUCCAAAGGUUAGGGGAGGUGUGAGGCUGGGGUGGCUCCCAGCUGUGGUGCAAGACUGAGUUUCCAUGGGCCUUGGGUGGGGGGAUAGGGAGAGGACCCCAAAUGUCUUCGCGAAUGCCUAAGGGGAAGGUGCUGAGGAAGAGCCCAGCAGGAGUAGGGCUGGGAGAAAUAGCGGCAGGAAAACCUGUCCUUACCCCCACUUCCCUCCACUGUAAAUAAACCCCGACCCAAGGGCUCAUCCGUCUCCUUAAACAGCCAGUAAACUUUAUAUGACACAAUAUCUAAUAGUAAUUUAUUGGGGAGAUAUUGUAAAUUCCAACGGUUUUAGUUAAUAAAGGAGCUAAUUAAAGAGGGACGGGCUGUGUUGGGCCAGCUGUUGGUGAUAAGAUAACACAUCUGGGGGCGGGGCUGCGGGGCCGGUGUGUAUGUGUGAGUAUUUUUGGUGUGGCGUUUUCCCUCUUGUCCCGCGUCUGGCUAUUGCUUCACUUCUCUGCCCUAGGUUUUAUGUGAUUAAAAAAAAAAAAAACAAAAACAAAAACAUAAUUCAGCGAACAGACCUGCCCUAGACCUUGGUCCCCCCCCCCAGCCCCCACCUGGGGUUGGGGAUGGGAGAAGUUGGAGUUGGUGCGGGGUGUGUGUGUGUGUGUGUGUGGGUUUGGGGGGGGGUGCGAAUCCGCUGUCCACACCCCUCCCCCUGGCGGCGGCACCCACGUGAGCAGGGCGGCCAAUGGGUGGCCGGCGCAGGUUUAACUAUGUUUAAUGUCAGAUAGCAAUAAAGUAGAAGCUGCCGGUCUGGCCCCGCGGAAAUGGGCGAGCAUAAUCUCUUGAAUCCCGGGUUUGUGGGGCCGCUGGUGAACAUCCACACGGGAGACACCUUCUACUUCCCCAACUUCCGCGCGUCCGGGGCGCAGCUGCCCGGGCUGCCUUCGCUGUCCUAUCCGCGCCGCGACAAUGUGUGCUCGCUGCCUUGGCCGUCGGCUGAGCCGUGCAAUGGCUACCCGCAGCCCUAUCUCGGCAGCCCGGUGUCGCUCAACCCGCCCUUCGGCCGCACGUGCGAGCUGGCGCGCGUGGAGGACAGCAAGGGUUACUACCGAGAGCCGUGCGCCGAGGGCGGUGGCGGCCUGAAGCGCGAGGAGCGCGGGCGCGACCCGGGCGCCGGACCCGGAGCAGCGGCGCUGCUGCCGCUGGAGCCGUCGGGGCCGCCGGCGCUCGGCUUCAAGUACGACUACGCGGCGGGCGGUGGCGACGGCGGCACGGGACCUCCGCACGACCCGCCCUCGUGCCAGUCGCUGGAAUCCGACUCCAGUUCGUCCCUACUCAACGAAGGCAACAAGGGCGCCGGCGCGGGCGACCCCGGCAGCUUGGUAUCGCCGUUGAACCCCGGCAGCGGGCUCUCGGCCAGCGGCGCGCCCUGGUACCCGAUCCACAGCCGCUCACGGAAGAAGCGCAAGCCCUAUUCGAAGCUGCAGCUGGCGGAGCUGGAGGGCGAGUUUCUGGUCAACGAGUUCAUCACGCGCCAGCGCCGGAGGGAACUCUCGGACCGCUUGAAUCUUAGUGACCAGCAGGUCAAGAUCUGGUUUCAGAACCGGAGAAUGAAAAAGAAAAGACUUCUGUUGAGAGAGCAAGCCCUCUCCUUCUUUUAGGGGGCGGCACAGGGUGCCAGCCCCAGACUGAGCCUGUCUUUGGGCAGAGAGCAAGAGAGGGCGCCGCCUGGGACACAGUCCCCGCUUGGGACGCCCGGCGUCUCUGGCAGGCCCUCCCUGGACGUCUUCUUGUCUGUUUUGUUCGUGGUUCCCUCCCACACACCCCCAGCAGGCCCUGCCAGUUCUCAGAGAGAAGGGAAGAAGCCCAGCCAGGGAGAGAGAGAGAGCAGAGGCCCACAGCUGUGGACGGUGGCAGGGCCCAGAGCCGCUGGGGAGGGGCUGCUUUAUUUUAGGCGGGACUGGGGCGCUCCGACAAGGGUCUGGAGGAGCCUGGGCUCAGAUGCCCCCUUCUUCCACUUCCUUUCUGCUGCCCUGACUUUCUACCUGCAAAAGCAGAUGAGAGUGGAGAGAGUGAAAGCCGGGCACCCAAACUCACAGUUGGUGGGGUUUGGAGAGGUUGGGAGGAGGGAGCAAGCGCGGAAAAUCAGUGGGAGAGAAGGAAGUGAGGCUUGGUCUGGAGGGCCUGGGGAGAGUGAGGGAGAGUGGGGGGACCCCGGAGAAGUGCCAUUUUCUAGAAGAGAGGGGUCAGCGCCACCCAAAGUCCGCUCACGUCUGGGUCAUCCAGAGCUGGACACGGAGAGGGCUGAAACAUUCGGCAGAGGCCGGCGACUACCAGCCUCCUGUCCCCUCCAGGAUGGGAUGCUGGAAUGGUCUUUUGACCCACCCCCACAGCCAAGUCCCAAGCCCUCUGCCCCGCACUGGGCGAACAGCGUUCUCAGGUGUGGUGCCAUCUCCUCUGCCUGCCGCCGGUGGGGCUGUGGGGCCAAAGCCUCGGCGGAGAUUGAGAGCCCAAUCACUUACCACCCCAGUCACCCCCCAGCUGGCUCUCCGGGAAGUCCAGGGGAUUGUGGAAGAGGCUUAGUAGCGCCACACUGAUUGGCAGGGAUAGUUUCUGGCAGGCUCGGCGGUGACGGUGGCCGGCCGCUGAUUCUCCCUUCCCCGCUGGCGUUCACGGUCACGGCCGGCCAGAGGCUGGACCGGCAUAAUUUACGAGGCGGGAGGAGAAUGUGCCCUUAAAGGGGCUACCGGCCGGGGAGGCCCCGCUCAGCCCUGGUUUUUCAAGCUGGUGACAAUGGAGGAGGGGGCCUACCGCUCCCGUUCCCCACCCAACCCCUUUCUCUUUCCCCCACCCAGCCCCGUCACCACCCUUUGUCUCAGGACUCUCUGCCUCUGCCUCCCGGAGCGAGCCGCCCACCGUGAGGAGCAGAGCACAGGGAGGGGCGCACCCCUAGAACCUGUUGGAGGCCACACAGUGGUAUCUCCAAGCCAGAAGGUCUUUUAUCCAGAGUUCCCCUGUGCAGUAGAUCCUGGGUUGGCGAGAGAGAAAGAGAGGGAGAGGGAGAGAGAGAGAGAGAGAGAGAGAGAGAGAGAGAGAACCUAUCAGCCCAGCCUCACCUCCCUGCACUCUUUUUUGGUAUUUCUCCCCCCAAAGUACACCAGCCCCCAGCCUCCCAUCUGCAGUGCUAACCGCCCUCCCCCCACCAGGGAGCAAGCAGCCUGGGAAGCAGGGGACCAACAGAGUCAAAUGCAGAGCCUGGAUGUUGUGAAACUGACCUGCUCGCUUGGAGUGUUUUCUGCCUGGGGAGAGUCUCCCCACUCCUAAAGGACAAUCCACAGAGUACUCCCCACUCUUCCACCAACACACAACUUCAGGUCCCCAGCCGAAUGGGGCUAUGCAGAGGCGUGCGCGCGCGCACACACACACACACAC